AUGAUGAUAAGUGGUAACCCGAGAAACAAUUACAACAACAACAGUAAUAAUAAUGAUAGUAGCAUUAGGUAUCCAUUCACGGCCACCCAACGGCAAGAGCUCGAACAACAAGCACUCGUGUUCAAGUACAUGGUCUCCGGCAUGCCCGUCCCUCCCGACCUCCUUUUCACCAUCCGCCGGAGCUUCCACUCUUCCCUUUCCUCCAAGCUCCUCCUCCCCAAUUUUGGGCUCUACCUAUUGCUGCUAAUAGCUUUUCUAACGCACACGGCACACUUUAUGUCUGUCAGAGAGUCCAGUGCUCGAUCUCAAAAUUCGCAUCAGCAAUCUCAUGAAUUAGUAGUGCUAGAGUCCAAUGCUCGAUUUCAAAAUUCGCAUCAAUCUCAUGAAUCAGUAGUGCUAGAGUCCUCCUUUGUGCUCAAUACUCGAUUGCAUCAGCAAUCUCAUGAAUCAGUAGUACUAGAAUGCUCUUGCUUUUUUGUGUUAAGCAUAAUAUUUGAUUGGUUUUCUGGGAAUUCUGUAUUUGGCACCAAAACCCUAUCCCCACAAGCCACAAUUAUUCUCAAAUCGCUCUUGCCCCCAAACUCUUCCCAUCGUCGCCUCAACACUCCCUCUCAAAUUUCUCCACUUCCUUCAGUCGAUCCUCGUUGGGGAGGGGCAAAGACCCCUUUUGCAAAUUCAUCCACUCCCCAACUCCCUGUUCAAAUAAUCCACAAACAUCCUUUUCGCGCUGUCCGCAUCCGAGGGCGGCGGGGGCCCGCUCAGGCUCGACUGGCCCGUCAGCUUAAUAAAAGUCCUCCGCAGCCUGCGCAGCUCGGGCAGCCCAACGGGCCUCGAGACCUCCACAUUUGGCAGGCCCGGCCCAACAAAAACCCCACCAACCGAACUCCCCACAGCCCGAUUUUGUGCCUCCACAACCACAUUCACAACCUCCAGCGUGGCCCGAUCCAUCUCAUAAAGAGAGUUCGCUUCCCCUCCGCGGCUCGUCUGAGUCGCAAUCGUCGGCUGCAGAAUCUUGACGUAAUCGACGGCUUCCAAUAUGGCAGGGGACGUUUUUACGAUUCUACCCUUACAUGGCUGUAUUUCGAACAAAGGCGAGUCCCACCGGUUUUUGCUGUCAGGCCUCUCGAAUCUUCUCACUAA